GCUACGCACGUCAGUCAGGCGACGACGCACUUUUCAUCAGUCCCAUGAUGUACCACAAGUUUAUCAUCUCCAGCGUGAGGUCGUGGAAAGCGACCUACGCUGCUUGGAGAACGAUGAGGUCUCGAAGGUUCUGUGUACAGUCGCACAUGGCUGGUCCGUCUUCUGGACCUGGUCCACAGAGCGCCUCGCAGACACUCCCUCAUGAUGUUGCUGAGAGUCCCCCUCACACGCCCGUCAUGCUCCAAGAGGUGCUUCACUGCUUAGACAUCCGGCCGGGUCAGGUCAUCCUUGAUAUGACAUUUGGAGGUGGGGGCCAUGCCAAAGCAAUUCUGGACAGCACUAAUGAUGUCACGAUCCUGGCCCUGGACCGCGAUCCAACCGCAUUCUCUUUGGCUCAUCAGCUGGCCAAGGAGCACAAUGGUCGCGUACAACCGCUGCUCGGCAGGUUCAGCGAGCUUGAAGCCAUGUUGCCCGAGUUGCGUAUCAAGCCGGGAAGUGUCGACGCUGUCCUCCUAGAUGCCGGCUGCUCGUCCAUGCAGAUGGAUCAGGCGGACCGGGGCUUCUCUUUGAGCAAGGAUGGGCCUUUGGAUAUGAGGAUGGAUGGAGCCAGGUACCCCGACAUGCCCCGCGCCGCUGAUGUUGUGAGCGCCUUAGAUCAACAGGCUCUUGCGUCAAUCCUCGCCGGGUACGGGGAGGAACGACACGCCAGGAAAAUAGCAGCGGCCAUUGUGGAGGCACGCAGUGUCUACCCCAUCAGCCGGACGCAGCAGCUGGCCAGCGUGGUGGCAGGAUCGUUCCCCGCUGACGCUCUCUAUGCACGCAAAGACCGACUCCAGCGGACGUCCCACGUGGCCACCAAAACAUUCCAGGCCCUGCGUAUCUUCGUCAACGAUGAGCUGAACGAACUGUAUGCGGGCCUACGGGCUGCCCAGGCCAUUCUGAGGCCCGGGGGUCGUCUGUGUGUGCUCACCUUCCAUUCUCUGGAGGACAAGUUGGUCAAAUACUUCCUCCGCGGGGUGGACCUGUCCGCUCCGAAGCAGCGCUCCCCCCGGAGGCAGAAAAAUACAGGCGCGGAAGAGGCGGAGGCUGCCGAGAGGGAAUUGAGGGAGGACAGUGUUCACUGGGUUCCCCUGAACAGGAAAGUGCUCACCCCACAGAUGGAGGACGUCGAGGAGAACCCGCGAGGACGUUCUGCCAAACUCAGGGCAGCACUGAGACGCUGAUUACUGUACGGGACAUCUGACGCUUCCUCAACCGCCAUCCGCUGAAGUUAGAACGGCCUGCGGCCUGCAAACACCACUCUCACUUCCUCACUUGUCGUCAGGAGAGUUUUUAAUAUACGUUUACUCAGUUAUUUCUUCCUUCCAAACAGCAAAAUGUCACUUGCCUACACCCACACUUAA